AUGGGGCAAAACUACGCCCUAGAAAUGAUGGCACCUAUGCAGGCGCCACCAUACCCAAUAUUUGCCCCAGGCAUGUGGGGGUAUAAUCCCCACAUGCAGCGAGAGCCGGUGAGACCACCCAUUGCAGCCUCAAAUGACUCAAUACUAGGCAACCUUCUUAAGGAAGCAAGCCAAUGGGUCCACCUCUUGGAAGGUGAACUCUCCCAAUCUCAUGACGAGGCCAAUAACCUCAGAAACGAGAAUAAGGAAUUACGGGAGAAUGUCCAUGGGCUCGAGAUCGAGAACAUUGAUCGCAUGGGAAAGGAAGCUAACACCUACGAGGGCUCUCACCCUCUUAAGAUCCCUCACAUGUCGAGAGUAGGUAUGCCACCCGUACCGUCUCAACACAGCCAGCAUAGGGCACCAGUGGUCCCUAUGUCUGUUUCGAAUGUGGAGGCACAUAACCGUGCUGUGAGACCUCCUGUCCCAACAAGGGUAAGGGUUCCUCUUGCUGGCCUCAUGGACAGCCAUUAUGGUCACCAUGCGGCUCCCAUUCCUCCCCUGGGGCCUCAAGGGCCCUCAUCUUCUUUUGGUGCCAUGAUGGUGCCUCCUCCUCCCCAACCCAGCAAGGCACCUAACUUAGUCCCAGAGGGGUAUUCAUGGUUCACUGAGGCAAAUUGCUCUCCUGCUGCUGGGACCUGGAGAAAUGUCCCUAUCCCAGGCACGUUUUUCCAGGGUGACUUCCGCUUUGGUGUCACUAUCAGUGGCCAAAACUGGCCUGUGUCAGACAGUCGUAACCACCGCCAAAAGUGGUGGAAUGACUGGGUUCACCUGUUCUUAAACUCGAUUGAAGGGUUCAAGUUCAUGAACGUGUCCGCCACUGAACUCGAUGGAUGUUUUGGGGAUUGUCCCCGAAAUUUCGAAAAUACUAACAAGGCAGGGAAGAAGUAUCUUCCUUGCUGCCUCUGGAAACACUACUGCUCAGAAGCGGCACAAAUAAUGAAGGCGACUAGCACCACUGCAUACAACCUUUCCAGGUUGCAGGUAAUAGAACCCACCCUGCCCCAUAACCCCAUUCCCCACACUGAGGGAAUGUUGGUGGACAAUGGUGUGGUAGAAGAGGCCCCAAGGCCGAGACAUUUCCCGGCAGCCCAAUGGAUGCAGGCCCCCUCUGCUGAGAAUGCAGUGGCGGGCCUGUCUAGAGGGCCCCAGGCUAGUAGGUCCGUGCCUGCCUCAAAGGGCAAAGCCAAGAAGGACUGAUGUCCCCUUGGUAACCCCUGUCCACACUCGAUGAGUGGGAUGGGGUGUUUCUUGUCCAAUGAGCAGAAAAGGUCUAACAACCUUGGCUGCCUAGUUUAACUUCCACAAGAGCGUUGAAGGUCUGACCACCUUUGUUGCCUUCUAUACUUGUUCCAGGAGGCUGGGGUUUAACCACCUCUGCCCAAUUAUUCUUGUUUGAUUGAGUAACUGG